AUGGAGUAUCUGUCGAGCCAACAAGACGGCUUCGAUGAACUGAAGCCGUCGCUGUUCGAGCUCCUCUCCGAACAGCAACUGGCUGCUCUGCUGCCACCCUCCCUCCGCUACCUACUCGCCGUCGCCACCCACAGGCACCCGCGAUACUUGCUGCCCAUUCUCAAUUCGUUCGAUGAAGUGUACGCGCUUCUGUCGCUGCUGGUCGAGCGGCAUUUCCUACGUACCUAUGGCGGCGGCUUCACCGAGAACUUCUAUGGCUUGAAGCGUGAGCGCGUGCUACAUAUCAAGGGCGGAGAGGCACGCCGCGCGCAGCUGGGCGCCGCCGACCAGAUGCGCGAGACGCUCAAGCUGCGCAAUGCCGACGUCUGGGGCAAUCUGGCUGUCAUGGUCGGUCUGCCAUGGCUCAAGAGGAAGCUGGACGAAGGAUGGGACAUACAUGCCGCGCACCAGAGCGUUCUGCAAGGCGCGCCGGGCUUCGGACGGGAUCGAGAGGGUCUACCCGAGGGCGCCACGCUCAAACAGCGCAUCCUCUUCUACUACAAAUGGUUUCUAAGGAAAGUGUACCCAAGCGUCAAUGCGGCCUACUACUUCGCGCUGUUGGCCUGGAACUUGGCCUACCUGUUCGACGGGUCAAAGUACCACAGCCCGUUCAUGUGGCUGGUAGGCACGCGCCUCCGCCGGCUCAACGCCGCCGACUACCGCGCCAUCGAGCUCGCGACCAAGCCUCCCGCCGCCCACACGCCGACCCCCGGCGCGAGGCCCGGCCAGCAGAACAGCAUCUUCCACCCACGAACCCUCGCUUCAGCCGUCUCCCAGCGCGCGCUGAGCUCCCUCCGCAUCCUCCUACCGACCUCCAUCUUCGCCCUCAAGUUCCUCGAGUGGUGGCACGCCUCCGACUUCGCGCGCCAACUGUCCCGCCAGACGGCUGCGGACCUCGAGCUCCCACCCCCCAUCGUCGGCGGGCUCCCCGCGCUCUCCAAGCCGUCCCAAAGUGCUUCUUCUUCUUCUUCUUCCAAGCCAACGGCGCCGUCUAAGCCCUCGGCGCUGAAGCAGGAGAAGCCGCCGCCCAAGCCGUCGCCGCCCAUCUCUUCCGUCACCCUGCUGCCCAUCCUCACCGUCCCCGCCCCGGACAACUCCGCGCUCUGCCCCAUCUGCGUGUCGCCGGUGCAGACCCCGACGGCGAGCCCCUACGGCCUGGUGUACUGCUACGCGUGCAUUCACCGGUGGGUCGAGGGGACGCACGAGCGGCAAGUGGCGUUCAUGGAGGGCAGCAAGGCGUUCACGAACGGUGACGGCGAGGAGGUGGGGGUGGUCGGGCAAGACGACGGCGCGUGGGCGGAGGAGGAAGGGAGCAGGGAAGGCCGGUGGGAGAACGGGAGGGGGAGAGAUGCGGUGACGGGCAAGAGGGUGUUGGGCGGGACUGAGGGGCUGAGACGGGUGGUUGUUUGA